AUGGCAACACCAAUCAACAUUGUUCUUGACCCUGCUCUCCCAAGCUCUCAUGCCAGAAAACAACAAUACCACUACCAAAAUGGAACUUUCUUCGGCUCCGACGAAACCGUCUCGAAAAAGAAAUAUCUCGUCAGGAGGAGAUGCCAGGAAACUCCAAAAGAAACCAGAAAUGAGGAGGAACAAACGGUGAUACCCGAUGAAGAAAGACAACGUGAAGGUGGAGAAGAAGGUGAUUCCGAAGACGAAGACGAGUCUGAAAAACAAGCACGUGCUCCUAACUAUCUGGAGCAUGAGGAUCUCCAGCUCUGUACCUCGUGGCUCGAAACGACUGAAGAUGGGCAAAAAGAUACCAACCAAACCGGCACUGCCUUCUGGGAAACGGUUGCAAAUCACUAUUGA